UAUGAAAGCGGGUGUUUACAGCUUCCUGUUCAAAAUGGUAGACUUAAAAACAUAACAAAUGUAAACGAAAACAAAAAUAAAUUCACCUUACAUUGGUGGGUAAUCUAGUCUAGAUCUUGAGUUUUAAUAGAUCUUGGAUCUUCAUGACGGAAGUUCCUACCACUGCACAGUACAACUAGUUUGAUAGUGGAUAUUGUGUGCCAUACUGACAAUGUCUUUGUUCAAGCGUUUUCUAAAUAAAUCAGAGGAUGCCAAAUCCCCUGGCACACCCCCUCAUGGCAUGCAGACAAUGGGAGCACAGCUACAGAGGAGGUUUGCUAAAGGUGUACAGUACAAUAUGAAAAUUGUUAUUCGUGGUGAUAAGAAUGUAGGGAAAACUUGCUUGUUUUACCGACUUCAAGGUCAGAAAUUCAAAGAAGAGUAUAUUCCAACAGAUGAAAUCCAGGUGGCUUCAAUCCAAUGGAAUUACAGAGCUACAGAUGAUGUUGUGAAAGUUGAAGUUUGGGAUGUUGUGGACAAAGGAAGGAAAAGAAGAAAACUUGAUGGCUUGAAAAUGGACAAUGCAGAAAUGAUGACAGCAGAAGAGCCAUGUCUUGAUGCAGAGUUUUUGGAUGUCUAUAAAGGGACACAUGGGGUUGUCUUUGUAUUUGAUAUCACCAAGCAGUGGACUUUUGGUUAUGUUGAAAGAGAAAUGGAGAAAGUUCCACCCCAGAUUCCAAUUUUGGUUCUUGGCAAUCAUCGGGAUAUGGGUCACCAUCGUACAGUUACAGAAGAAAAAGCUCGCUAUCAUGUUGAACAAUUCCAGAAAGAUCGAGUAGAAGGAUCUGGGAAGAUCCGUUAUGCUGAAUCCUCAAUGAGAAAUGGAUUUGGAUUGAAAUACCUGCACAUGUUUUUUAAUUUACCAUUCCUUCAGUUACAGAGAGAGACCUUGUUAAAACAGCUCGAGACCAACAAGAACGACAUGAUGUCUACAGUAGAAGAACUGGAGAUACAUGAGGACUCAGAGGAACAAAAUUAUGAUCUAUUCCUGGAAACCUUAACACAGAAACGCAGGGAACAGCAAGAGAAACUUUCUGAGAAAGUCACUUCUGCUGCAGCUAUCAAGCAGGAUAAGUCUGGAACCCUGGUUGGGAAAGACGGGGCCCCAGUUGUCAUUGCCGUACCCAGCACAACUAACAGUGGUAUUCUGGGAAAAAUAACCAGUACAGUCAGUGCCAGUAUUGUUGGCACAACUGUUAGCACAUCAACUCAAGUCACCAGAUCCAUCUCACAGCCCUCCAUGCCAAGCUCACUCCCAGUGGGUGGUGUCUCAGAAAUCAUCCAGGCUACUCAGGCUUCUGAACAGACCAGCCAACCACCACGGGGAAGCCAGUCAGAGGCAACCACUCCAACAAACUCUGCGUCUCAGGCUGACACUGUGAAGUCUGGAAUAUUCUCUCGUCUUUUCAAAGGCAGCAAAGCUCCUGCAGCUGUUGUGACUCCUCCUAAAUCGUUAGACUUACAAUCUGCUGAUGCAGUCCAGCCAACAAUCAAAAGUGUUGAGGACUUUGUGCCUGAUAUCAAAGGUCUGGACACUGGUUUUCUAGAUGACACUAAAGAUAUACAGCUAAAAGACAAUAGUAAAGAAGAGGCUGAGGACAGUGAUGAUGAGGAAGGUAAUCCAAUGGUAGCAGGAUUCCAAGAUGACCUUGAUUCUGAAGAUGAACCACUGCCUUCCGAUAUGAAACCUUUUAAACCACAGAACACUUCUUUAGAUCAGAAAGUGAUUGUACAUAAGCAUAAUAGCAAAUCAAAGUCUGGGAAACAAAAGCUUUCAGAAAGUGAGGAUGAUGAGGAAGACAACAUCCAUAACCCAGCAGUCACUCAAGAUGUUGACUUGUCCAGCGAUGAAGAAACUCCUGCUUAUAAAAUCUCUUCCAAGCUGACUCCUUCCACUAACUCUUCCCAUCAUGCUGCUAGAAAGCAGCCCUCUUUAAGAGCAGCUGAUAUCGUGAUCACAGACUCAGAGUCUGAGGAAAAAAGUGACAAUGAUGGAAGUCAUAAAUUAGUCUCUAACCCAGUAGUGACAAAAACAGCUGAACACAAGGAGUUGGCGUUGGUCAAUGGUUCUCACAAAAGUGUCAAGCAAAAAGUCCAGAGGAAGGAGAGCAGCAGUGGAGACAGUAGCAGUGGCAGUGUUCAUGAACAAGAGGUUGGGAAACCUUCUACUGAGUUUCAUAUAGAGCUGCCUAAAGAAGAUUUAAAUAAUUGGUUAGAUCAGUUUGAAACAAAGAGUCCACAAGUUGUUCUGUCAGCACCUAAAGUUGAGCCAGAGAAAAAAUCUAUCCAGGACAAGCCGGUGAAGUCAUCCAAGAACAAAGUCGGAAAGAAAGUAGAACCAGAGCACGUUGACCAGAAGGAAGAUGAGGAUGAUGAAGACGACCACACACCUGUGGUAAAAGUCAAGCAGAUCAGUUCAGACAUUGAUGAGGAAGUUUCCAAUCACACUGUUAAGAAAAAGAAAAAGAAGAGGACAGAUAGCAAGGAUGAAGAGAAGUCUGAAAAGAAGCACAAAAAGAAAAAAGAAGACAAAAAGAAGGAAGGAAGUUCCAAGAAAGAGAAGAUGAGCAGUAAAGCGAGUGGGAAAAAAGAAAAGAAAAAGAAGAAAAAAGAAGAGGACCUUGACCCUGAUAACGACUUAGAAGCAUUCCUUGGAAGUACCGGAGGGGAAGGAGACUAUGAAACAUUAUAGCGAUGUACUAAAUAGUUCUAUGGAAUAGUUAGGCUGUAUAUGUCAGAUUGAAAGUGUACCACAGUAAUAGAAUUAUUUGUCUUUUCUAAAGACAUGAGUGUUUGAGAAGCUGUUUCUAGUCUGAGAAUUGAUAUUGUGGUUUGAAGAGCUGCAUCUAGUCCUUCUUUUCAUUGGUUUAUGAACCGGUCAUAAAUGAUGUUAUUAUCUUGUAAUAAGUGGAUAAAUGUUAUCAUAUUGUAUAAAGGGGAUGAAUAUUAUUGUGUCAAAAUUAGUUGAUGAAUGUACAAAGUGGAUGUAAGUUCUUGUGUUGUAAUAUGAUGAUGCAUAUUGCCGUGUUGUCUGUCUUUGUUUUGUAAUGGUUUGAAUUAUUCUAUUGGAUUGUUAAAGAUUGAUGCAUCUUAUUGUGAUAUAAUAAAUUGAUGUAUAAUCCUUGACAAUGUAGUCUCUGUCAUUCCUUAAGUCUAUUAGUAUCGCAAGAUAUGGCUUCAAGCUAAACAUUAAAACAUUUUUAGUUUUGUAUGUGUGUGAUGACCCACACAACAUUUUUGGUAGAAAGCAAAACUCAUUUCUUUUGAAAAAAUAGGUCCUUUGCUUUAGAUUUUGCAAUUGAUAUCAAAUGUGUAAUAAGUAUAUUUAAAAGUAAUUAAAGAUACACUUCAUUUUCAAGUUACUGCUUGCUAAAAAUUAUGGUUUAAACAAAUAAGUUAUUAUUUUACUGUUUAAUAAGGAUUGGUAAUUGUUAUUGUUUUGAUUGCGUUACAACACUAACUGUUAUUAGCCUUGUGUUGUAUCGACUAAUGUUGUGUUGUAUUGUUAUGUUGAUAUUUGUUGUAAUUAGGCUGAUUACAUUUGAACCUAUCACUUACUAUCACGUAGUCUGGUAUUUGCUUGCCACCAGUUUAAAAAUUUCAUCUCCAUUUUCUCAUUUCAACCAAACCCUUUCAUUUUGUGGGCCAUCAUAUGUUUACAUUAUGCUGAGGACUAAUACUUGUGUAUGAUAAUGACACUUACUGAGGCUUACUGAUAGACUUGUUUUGUCUUUAGUUAGUUUUUUUUCAUGUCAAACAUAAGCAAUUAUAAUCUUUAAUUCUUUUAUUUUCAACUUGUUCACAAGUUUGAAAUCGUAUACAAUACUACAGUGAUUGUGAUACAAGAACACAUAUUUCUACUUCCUGUCAGUUUUCUUUUCUUUCAUUUCUGCACACAGAGAUUUUCUUUUAAUGUGUACAGUGGGUUUGGAUUAUAUAUCUAUCUUUAUGACUUUGUUUUAACGUGUACAUACAGUGGGUUUGAAUCUACACAUAAACUAAGGUGUUUUUGUAGUCCAUAAUAAGUAGCUUCACUUUCUAUUCAAACUUUCUACACCUAUUUGAUGUCAGUUUAUAAAGCUUGCAAUAAUGAAAGGAAUCUUUUCUUAAUGAGCAGAUAGAUUUCAAAUUUUAGUUGACAUGUUGAAUGUCCAGUGUACCUGAAAACUUCUGAUAUUAGAAACCAAAAACAUCCACUAAUAUCAAAUUGUUUCAGGUAAAAAAAAAGGGACUCCACUAAUAUCAAAUUGUUUCUGGUUAAAAAAAAAGUGACUCCGUAGCUUUGUAUUUUAUGCUUGCCCUGGAUGUGGCAAAAUAUGUAUGUCACAGCUGGGGCUGCGCAGCCACAGGAAAUACUGUAUUCCUCACUAAUCUUCGGACUCGAAGACAAACCUUAUAUAUAUAUAUAUAUAUUUCACUAAAUAAGUUUUACGAAGGAUUUACCAGAAUUAUUGACAUUUUUUAAAUGAUGAGAAAUGAUAACUUUAAAUAAAAAAGUGUCUGCAUGAUGUUCUGCAAAGGUAAUCCUAUGCCUAAUUUUAAAUUAUGUAUUUAAGCCAGUUUUUAUUGGAGGACAUUCUUUGUUUUUUUUUCAUGGGGUUCACAAUGUAAAAAAAAUGAUCUAACUGUUGAGCUGAUAAGCAGCAGGGGGGAGGGGACAUGGUAAUGAAACAAAAGGAAAACAAUUAGUUUGUAGUCUGUCCAGAAAAAAAAAUCUCAUGAUCUUUUGAGCUGAAGGUUGUGUAAGGGCCAUGUACAUACAAAUUUUAUUUUUCUUAGUUAUUAGCUCUAGUAUUUUCAAGUUUCUUGCAUUCUUAUUAAUUGUGAUAUAACCUUCCACCAAACUUCCCAUGGAGUGAUAUGUUUUGUGUCUCAGUGUCUAUAUAUGCAAUUAAUUUAAAUAAUGCAUUAUGUUGUCUGGUAUAAUUAUAAAAGACCAAAACAUUGUUUUACUUUAGAAUUAAUGGAAAGUAGUUUGACUUCAGAACUAAUGGACUUUUGUUUUACUUUAUAACUAAUGUGACUUCAAGACUAAUGGACUUUUGUUUUACUUUAGAACUAAUGGAAAGUAGUUUGACUUCAGAACUAAUGGACUUUUGUUUUACUUAAGGUUUAAUACAGAAAAUGAUUAAACUAACAUCAUAUAUUCUUAUUAAAACUUUGUAGUUGUUCUUUUUUUUUUUUUU